AUUUGUCGUGCAAAUUUAAGUUAUUUUGCAGGUUAAGCUAAUGUUUCUACUUUAUACAAAAGUGUUUUGAGAAGUUACAGUUAGACGGUAUAUAUUUUUAUUAAGAUUACUGGAACAGUAUUUAGGAUCUACCCUGUGAGGCAUAAAGAAUUAUAUGUAACACUAAUAUUUAAACAACAAUUAUAUUGUUUUCACCGUUUCUAAAGCUUAUAGUCAUUAGAAAGUAUGUAUUUGAAAGAAGCUUACUGUUAUAACUGAAUAUUAAAAAAAAUUAAUCAAAGACACUAUACACUUAAAAAUGUCUGCUUUUUCUACACCACCAUCCUUCUGCCCUGACUGCGGCUCAAUAUUGCCAUUAUUAGAAGAUGAAGGUAAUGUUGUGUGCUACUCAUGUUCCAAAGAAUUCCCAUUAGAAAAAGUUUUUGAAUGUUCAGAAGUUAAGUAUACUAUUGUAUUCAAUUCACUUGAUGCUUACGAAAAAAAUGUCAAGGAAAAAGUAUCCCAAGGAAAAAGAGGUGAUGCUGAAGGUCCAAUAGUUGAUAGAAAAUGUCCUAAAUGUGGCAAUGAAAAAAUGUCCUAUGCAACUCUUCAACUUCGUUCAGCUGAUGAAGGCCAAACAGUAUUUUAUACAUGUACUGUAUGUAAAUAUAAAGAAAGUGAAAAUUCUUAAAAAGGUAGCUUUGUAAAUGUUACAUAAUUACCUAUUAAAUUAUUAUGCCUUCA